CGAAACCGAAACAAGGUAAAUGCGUUUGGUUUUAAAGGCAGUCGAAAGAAACUACAACUAGCUCUGAGUUUAAAUUAGUGUGGUUUAAACUGAAACGGGUAAAUUCUACUUCAUGCAUGAUAGGUCUAGUUUUCUGCAAAGUUAUGGCAUGAUUUAAAAUCAUUCAGAGUAGUUUUUGGUAAUUUGUUUUAACCUCCACAGCAUUAUAUUACUUCAGUUCAAAGAGAAUACGUUUUAAGAAGAGAUACAAAUAAUUCAGAUUGUAAAAGUUUUAUCUUUUUAGUCAUAGAUAGGCUAAACGUCCACAUGACCGUUGUUUAUUUGCACACCAUUCAUUCUAGGUGAUGAACCUCUCAGAGGAGAACAGGACAGUCGUGGUCUCCGGUGUGCCAGACACACUGUCCAUGAGUCGCAUGGCAGACAAACUGUUCAUUCACUUCCAGAGCUCCAGAAGCCACGGAGGAGAUGUAGAAGACAUCAAGUACCCGAGCAGCUUCAAGGGGGUGGCUUUUGUUACAUUUGAAAACACCAGAGGUAAUAGAAAUACUCUAUAACAAAGUUUCCUUAGCUGGGAUGUAGUUUUGUUACAUAUAUGUCUAUAGAUCAUAACAACAACAAACAUAUUCUAACAGAUGCCGAGAUGGUGAUCAGAAAUGAACAGAUAAUGUGUGAUAAGGAGUUCCCUCAAGACUAUCCUCUCACUGUAUACAAAUUCACCCAAGAUGUGAGUACAGUCAAGUAAUCAAAUCAAUCAACAGUAAAUCAAUACAGUACAUGUUUCCAUUCCUGCAUGGGAAGGAACAGUAGCACACAGUGCAGUACACAUACUGACUAAUCCUAUAUUCACCAUGCUAUAGGUGUUGUUCUACAUUAACGCUAAAGUGAACCUGUCAAUCUUCGGUGACAAGGAACAGCAGGAGACAGUGAUCCAAAGCCUGCAGUCUGCUCACAGGUCAGUGAGGAUCUGCCCUCUACCCAGCCAGGAGAGUAACGCUUCAGUGGAGGGACCCUUCACUGCCGUCAGGGCCCUGAGAGAGGACCUGCUCCAGCGGGCCGCUGCCAGCAGCAGUCACAUAGGGGAGAAGCACAGGGCUCCAUCGACCUCUGGUUACUCCCUGACCUCAGUGGCAGCAGGGAAUUGGGUAUCCAAGUUCAGCAGCAGUCAUGCCUUGGAGAAGCACAGAGCUCCAUCUCCAUCAAGCCAUGAUCAUUCCCUGAGCUCUGUGGUAGCAGGGAGUAGGUCUUCCAGGGUCAGAUCUGGUGAUGGUGCUGAGGUGGACUUCCAGGUCAGCAGUUACACCUGGGAGAAGAAGCACGGGGCAGCUCCAUCAAGCCAUGAUCAUUCCCUGAGCUCUGUGGUAGCAGGGAGUAGGUCUUCCAGGGUCAGAUCUGGUGAUGGUGCUGAGGUGGACUUCCAGGUCAGCAGUUACACCUGGGAGAAGAAGCACGGGGCAGCUCCAUCAAGCUCUGAUCAUUCUCUGUCAAGCUCUGUGGCAGGAGAGAGUGGGGUUUCCAAUAGAAGUCAAACCUGGGAAAAGCACCACUGGGCAGCUCCAUCAAGCUCUGAUCAUUCUCCGAGCUCCAUGGUAUCAGGGAGUGGGGAAUCCAAGGUCGUCAGCAGCAGUCACACAUUAGAGAAGUACAUCGCUCCGUCAAGCCAUGAUCGAUCUCUGUCAAGCCCAGUGGCAGCAGGGACUUCCAAGGUCAGCUCAGGUGGUGAUGUUGAUGAGGAAGAGGAGUCCACGUGGGUGGACACAAACAUAUUUCUUUACAUUCAGAGAUUUUAUAAAGACGAGUUUGACCAAUGUUUGAGGAACCACGGUGUGUCGGCUGUGUUCAAUGACAAUGAUGUGGCCGACCUGACUCUGAUAUCGCUGAGAGGAGGACGCAACAGCAAGGGUCUCUCUGAAGUCCAACUGACCAUAUCAGAGCUGACUGAUCUGGUCACUGUUUGGCAGUCAACCCUGAGAAUCCACACUAUAGACUAUCGAAGGCAGGACGUGCAUGAGAUGAAGAGGCUGCUGCAAAUCUGUGCCGAGGUAAACAACUUUAAAGACGUUCUGUACGUGCAGAAGGAGUUUAGUGUCCUGGUCAUCGGUCCCUCUAUGACCAGUCAUCUCUUUAGUGAAUGUGUGAAGGAUAGAAUGCAUCAACUGGAUGAAGAGGACGUCUUGUAG